UCCGGGGCGGGUCCGGCGGCGGGAGCGGAGCGGCGGGAGCGUCGCAGCCCCCGCGCGGGGCCCGGAGCCCGCACGAUGCACCCGGCGGGGCUGUGCGCCGCUUCCCUCGGCUCCCUCGGGCUCCUGCGCCUCCUCGGCGCUCCCUGGCCCUGGACUUUGGCCGCCACCGUCGGGGUUUGCCUCGGGGGCGGCGGGUGGCGGCUCCUGCGGCUCCUCUACCGGACGGCGCCCAGAGACGUCUUUGGCCUCUCAGUGCUGCUACGAGUCAAGUACGAACUGCGAAGGCAUCAGAAAGCCAAGAGCACCAUCCCCAAGAUGUUCCAGGACGUCGUCCAAAGGCACCCGGACAAAGUGGCUCUUAUUUACGAGGCCACCGGUGAACAAUGGACCUUCCGGAGGCUGGAUGAAUAUUCCAACGCCGUAGCUAACUUCUUCUACCAACAAGGCUUCCACUUGGGGGACGUCAUCGCCAUCUUCAUGGAAAGCCGUCCUGAAUUCGUCGGCCUCUGGUUGGGGAUGGCGAAGAUCGGCAUCGAAGCGGCUCUCAUCAACUUCAACUUACGGUUGGAUUCGUUGGUUUAUUGCGUGACGGCUUCGGGCGCCAAAGGUGUUGUUUUUGGAGGAGAACUCUCUGCAGCCGUAUCCGAAGUCAACGGGAUGUUGGGGAAGAACAUGGUGAAGUUCUGCUCUGGUGAUUACGACGCGGCUGCCGUUCCUGCGGACACCAGGCAUCUCGAUCCUCUUCUGAGCGCUGCGUCGAAGUCGCCUCCGGCUCCGAUCCCGGCCAAGGCUUUGGAUGAUCGCCUCUUCUACAUCUACACCUCCGGAACCACGGGAAUGCCCAAAGCCGCCAUCGUGGUGCACAGCAGGUAUUACCGGAUCGCUGCCUUCGGAUAUUACGCCUACAGAAUGCGCCCGGAAGAUGUUCUCUACAACUGCCUUCCGCUCUACCAUUCCGCCGGUAACAUCAUGGGAGUCGGACAAUGUCUAAUCCACGGCCUCACCGUGGUUAUCCGUAAGAAGUUCUCAGCCAGUCGCUUUUGGGAUGACUGCCGGAAAUACCGUUGCACGAUUAUUCAGUAUAUCGGAGAAAUCUGCCGGUACCUCCUCAACCAACCCGUCCGAGACUCGGAAACCCAACAUUGCGUCCGGUUGGCGGUGGGCAACGGUUUGAGACCCACCAUCUGGGAGGACUUCACCAAACGCUUCCAAAUUAAGCAGAUCGGAGAAUUCUACGGAGCUACGGAAUGUAACUGCAGCAUCGCCAACUUGGAUGGAAAGGUCGGAGCCUGUGGCUUCAACAGUCGGAUUUUGCCCAACGUUUAUCCCAUUCGUUUGGUGAAGGUCAACGAGGACACGAUGGAGCUGAUCCGGGAUUCCAGAGGGCUCUGCGUUCCCUGUCGUCCGGGAGAAGCGGGAUUGCUCGUCGGGCAGAUCAAUCAGGAGGAUCCGCUGCGGCGCUUCGAUGGUUACGUCAACGAGAGCGCCACCAACAAGAAGAUCGCUUGCAACGUGCUCCGGAAAGGAGACCGAGCCUAUCUUUCGGGAGAUGUGUUGGUGAUGGAUGAACUCGGCUACAUGUACUUCAAAGAUCGAAGCGGGGACACCUUCCGAUGGAGAGGAGAGAACGUCUCCACCACCGAAGUGGAGGGAACGUUGAGUCACAUCCUCAACCAGACGGACGUGGCGGUCUACGGAGUGGAGGUUCCAGGAGUGGAGGGCAAAGCGGGAAUGGCAGCGAUCGCAGAUCCCACGGCCAAGAUCAACCCCAACGUUCUCCACCAGGCGCUCCAGAAGGUCCUACCGCCCUACGCCCGACCCGUCUUCCUCCGCCUUCUGCCCCAGGUUGACACCACAGGAACCUUCAAGAUCCAAAAAACCCGUCUGCAGCGAGAAGGCUUCGACCCCCAACAGACAUCCGAUCGCCUCUUCUUCCUCGAUCUCCAGAUGGGAAAAUACGUCCCCCUGGAUGAGUGCCUCUAUGAAAGGAUUUGCUCGGGAAAAGCCGCUUUGUGAACCGCUCGCGUUGAGUAUCGUCGAGAAAAAAAAACGCCAUUCAUGGGUGGUUGGAAAACACCGGAGUCCCUUCCGAGGGCACCGCCUCCCGGGCUGCUCGUUAACCCUUCCGCCUCGUUAACUCCCCUCUUGCCUACGGAACGGCGUCGCAAGGCCGGAUUUCCCUCCGGAAUGAGGGAAAUGGCUUCGUUCCACCCCCUCGGCCUCGUUAACGGCGACACUUUGGUUCUGCCCCCUCGGCCUCGU